AUGAGCUCCGGCCGGAAGGGAUACAUAGACCUGGCGGCCCGGAUGGACGCCCUUUUCUGCAACUCAACGCCUCAGCUGGCCCUGCUUCUACUUCUUUCCUCCCUGCUACUUAAACAGCCUAUCAACUAUAUCACAUUCGUUUACACGCCCCUUUUACUCACUUCACAAUCUAUGGCACCACGCGUUUUAAUCUGCAGUACCAUUGUGUGGGCACAUGAAGACGUCGAGCGUCUGCUGGGUGACAUUGCUGAAGUAGUUUACGUGGAUUCUCCCGAUCGAAAAUCAUUCUUGGCAGAGUUCGGGCCUGGGGGAAAGUAUCACAAUACAGUAGGCAUAUACAGGGAAAACGAGUCCUCCAAAAAGCUAGGUGUCUUCGACAAGGAACUCAUAGAUGGUCUGCCGUCCUCUGUACGAUGGAUUGCACAUAAUGGCGCCGGAUACGAUCCCGUGGAUGUCCAUGCGUGUAAAGCGAGGGGAAUUUACCUUUCCAACACUCCGGGAGCUGUAGAUGACGCCACAGCAACGACUGCGUUGUAUCUUCUUAUUUCCACACUUCGCCAGUAUUCAGUGGCGGAGCGGUCUUUGCGGGAGUUGAAGUGGAAGCCGCAAGGGCUCAACAAGCGCACUCAUGAUGUGACUGGAAAAACAUUGGGCAUCUUGGGGCUCGGUGGCAUUGGCACGCGUCUCGCGGUUCUCGCGCACGCCUUUCCCAUGCGUGUAAUCUACCAUUCUCGCCAUAAGAGCCCCAAUGCACCAGAGUUUUGCGAGUACUUUGAGAAUGUCGAGGAGAUGCUGGCUCAGACUGAUGUGCUAAGCGUGCACGUCCCUUUGCGACAAGAAACGAUUGGUCUCGUCGGCGAGAAAUGGAUCAGAGCAUUGAAACCAGGCGCCAUUAUUAUCAACACCGCUCGCGGGAAAGUCAUUGACGAGGAAGCUAUGAUUCGGGCCCUGGAAGACGGACAUCUGGCUGCUGCAGGUUUGGAUGUAUUCCCCAAUGAGCCCGAGGUCAAUCCACGUCUCCUCGAAUUCCCACAAGUGACUCUCCUGCCGCACAUGGGAACUGAAAACCAGGACACCCAGCGGCAGAUGGAAGUGCGCGCCUUGACAAACCUCCGGGAUUUCUUGAACACGGGAAUGGGCAAGGAUUUGGUGAUCGAGUUCAAGGCACCACAGGGUGAAACAAAGGUGAAGCAGAAAUUGUAG